AUGGCGAGACGCAAGAAGAACAGCCAAAAGCCUGCUUCAAUUUCGACGGUGAUUGCUUCUCCGGUGAUUCAAGAGACGUGUGAAGAACGUAGAACUGAGAAGGAUGAUGAUGUACUAGAGGAUGAAGACGAUGAGUUCAAAGAUUCGAUGGUGGAAUUCCCAGAUUUUGGUUCGCGAGAUGCUUUGGAUCCGGAAAGGGAUCCGUCUGAUGUUUUAGGGACUGGAGAGAUUGGGAAGGAUCAGGCUAAAGAUAAGUGGUCCCAGUUUCGCUCCUUGUUGCCUAAUCAGGGAGGGGCUAAACUUACAUUUGAGGAGCCAAUUGUUAAGGAAGGCAUUCAAAUUGCCCAGGUUGAUUUGGAUGAGAUUCAAGUAGAGACUUCUUUCUGGAACUCAGCUGUGGUUUGUAUGGUGCUUGGGGCUAACCCACCAUUUGCUGUUUUUGAGGGAUUUGUUAAGAGGAUUUGGGGUAAACUAGGGAUUGAGAGAAUUGCUCGGCUUAAUUCUGGUCUUACACUUGUUAAGUUUCGAGAUGAGGCCACAAGAGAUUUGGUGUUAGAAGCUAGGGUUCUGCACUUUGAUAGAAAACCAGUGAUAGUGAAGCCUUGGUCGGUUGAUUUGGAUACACUUAAGGCUGUGAAAACUGUCCCUGUUUGGAUUAGAUUGCCAGGGCUGGGGAACCUGCUUCUGGUAGACAAAGUUACUAAGGAAAGGUCGAUGAUGCAAUUUGCUAGAGUGUUAGUUGAAAUUGAAAUAUCUGAGGCUCUCCCUAAAUCUAUUCAGUUCCUCAAUGAGAAAGGGAAACUAAUGGAACAGCUUCUGGAGUUUGAAUGGCUCCCAACUCAGUGCAGAGGGUGCAAGGUGUUUGGUCAUACAGAAAGUAUGUGUAAUAGGAAGCCUACUGAGAUUUGGAGGCAGAAAGGUCAUAUUGGAAUAGUUGAGACUAAACAAGGUGAUGUGGAACAGCUGCCAGCUUCAGAAGAAAAGAGUGCUACUAGUGGAGGAAAGGUUGCUAAUACGAAGGAUUUAGCUGAUAAGGGGUUAGCUACAGACAGUUUGGAAUGGAGUACUCCUAAAAGGGGAGGUGGUCAUAAGAAGGUAAAUAGGAAGAUACAGAGCAAUCUGAGAAAUUCAUAUGGUGCUUUGCAAGAUAAGAUUGGUCUUGGAGCUUUUUUGGAGACCAAACUUUAUGGUGAUAAAAUUGGGAAAAUGAUGAGUACUUAUUUUAAAGGGUGGAAUUACUACUUGGGUACUAAUUCGGAGGGUCGUAUUCUGGUUUUGUGGCAGCCUCUGGUGGUGUCUGUUGAGAUUUUGAUGGAUAGUGACCAAUUUCUUCACAUAUGUGUUAAAGGGAUUAAUUCUAGUAAAGUGUUCUGUGUUACUUUUGUUUAUGGUAGGAAUACCACUGAGAGUAGAAUUCCUCUUUGGAGUGAUCUUGCUGGGUUAAGUUUCCCUGUUAAACCUUGGGUUGUGGCAGGGGAUUUCAAUGUUGUUUUUGAGGGUACUGAUAGAGUGGGUGGUCAUAUUAUCUCUGCUGUUGAGUUGGAGGAUGCUCGAAAUUGGAGGGCUUUGGGGUUAGUUGAUGAGCUGCGUUCCACAGGGUCUCAUUUUACUUGGACUAACAAUCAAGAGAAUGAUAAUACAAUCUACUCUAAACUGGAUAGAGUGUUUAAAAAUGAAGAAUGGCUGGAUUUGUUCCCUCAAGCUGAAGCUUUGUUUAACUGGGACCUUCUAUCUGAUCAAUGCUAUUGCAUUAUCAAAAUGGGAGCUGCUGUUAACAGUGGAAGAGGGCUAGUGCGUAUUGUCAGAAAGUUGAGUGGACUUAAGGUUGUUUUAUGCAAGUUUAACAAGCAUGUUGUGGGUGAUGUGGCUCAGCAUUACAAUUUGGCGAAGGAGAAGUAUCAAACUACUCAAGGUUUGCUUCAGAGGUGUCCCCACUCGACUGAGUUACAAAGGGAGGAAUCUCUGGCUGGUGCUUGUUUUGCUUAUCAUUUUAAAGCUUAUGACUGUUUUUUGAGACAAAAAAGCAAGGUUGAUUGGCUGUGUUAUGGGGAUGAUAACACGGCUUAUUUUCAUGCGUGUUUAAAACAAAGGAGGGCCAAUAAUUGCAUUACUUCAAUUGUUUCGGAAUCGGGUCAGUUAAUUGAGAAGUUUGAAGAUGUUGUGACGCAUUUUGUGAAUCAUUUUCAGAAAAUUAUGGGCAGUAAUAGUAGUGUUUCAGUUCCUUGUUCAGUCCUCUUGUUUCAGACUUGGUCUUUGUUUAUCCCUGGAGCAGCAAAUUAA